GAAGGGCCAGGAAGGCGGGCGGGGGCGGGGGCAAGGCGGCCGCGCGGGCCCGAGCGGGCCGGGCCCGGCCGGGGCGGGGCCGGGCGGCGGGCGCGGCCGGACGGGAGUUCCCCGGAGCAGGCUCCUCCAGCCCGAGGCCCGCCCAGGACGCAGCGCCUAGACCGCCACCCCGACAAAAAGACUUCUCUCCAGUAGGGGACAGAGCUUGGGGUCCACCCCCCUUGCCUGGAUCCUUCUGCAGUCCCCACGCUUCCCCAAUCUAGGGGACGCAGCUAUGGACGACAUCUUCGCUCAGUGCCGGGAGGGCAACGCGGUGGCCGUCCGCCUGUGGCUGGACAACACGGAGAACGACCUCAACCAGGGGGACGAUCACGGCUUCUCCCCCUUGCACUGGGCCUGCCGAGAAGGCCGCUCUGCUGUGGUUGAGAUGCUGAUCAUGCGAGGGGCACGAAUCAAUGUCAUGAACCGUGGGGAUGACACGCCCCUGCACCUGGCAGCCAGUCACGGACACCGUGAUAUCGUACAGAAGCUCCUGCAGUACAAAGCUGACAUCAACGCAGUGAAUGAGCAUGGGAACGUGCCGCUGCACUACGCCUGCUUCUGGGGUCAAGACCAGGUGGCAGAGGACCUGGUGGCUAACGGGGCCCUCGUCAGCAUCUGUAACAAGUACGGAGAGAUGCCUGUGGACAAAGCCAAGGCGCCCCUGAGAGAGCUGCUCCGAGAGCGGGCAGAGAAGAUGGGCCAGAACCUGAACCGAAUUCCAUACAAGGACACAUUCUGGAAGGGGACCACCCGCACUCGACCCAGGAACGGGACUCUGAACAAGCACUCCGGCAUUGACUUCAAGCAGCUCAACUUCUUGACGAAGCUCAACGAGAACCACUCUGGAGAGCUGUGGAAGGGCCGCUGGCAGGGCAAUGACAUCGUCGUGAAGAUGCUGAAGGUUCGCGACUGGAGCACCAGGAAAAGCAGGGACUUCAACGAGGAGUGUCCCCGGCUCAGGAUCUUCUCCCACCCGAACGUGCUCCCGGUGCUGGGUGCCUGUCAGUCGCCGCCUGCUCCUCACCCGACCCUCAUCACACACUGGAUGCCGUACGGAUCCCUGUACAACGUGCUACACGAGGGCACCAAUUUUGUUGUGGACCAGAGCCAGGCCGUGAAGUUUGCACUGGACAUGGCAAGAGGCAUGGCCUUCCUGCACACGCUAGAGCCCCUGAUCCCGAGACACGCACUCAACAGUCGCAGUGUCAUGAUUGACGAGGACAUGACUGCCCGCAUCAGCAUGGCCGACGUCAAGUUCUCCUUCCAGUGCCCUGGGCGCAUGUAUGCCCCUGCCUGGGUGGCCCCCGAAGCUCUGCAAAAGAAGCCUGAAGACACCAACAGACGCUCAGCAGACAUGUGGAGUUUUGCAGUGCUUCUCUGGGAACUGGUGACGCGGGAGGUCCCCUUUGCUGACCUCUCCAACAUGGAAAUUGGAAUGAAGGUGGCACUGGAAGGCCUGCGGCCCACCAUCCCACCAGGCAUCUCCCCCCACGUGUGUAAGCUGAUGAAGAUCUGCAUGAAUGAAGACCCCGCGAAGCGGCCCAAGUUCGACAUGAUCGUUCCCAUCCUGGAGAAGAUGCAGGACAAGUAGGGCUGGCAAGUCCUGGCCUGAACUCCAGGGGUGUCAGGACACGUUGAGGGGGGGCAGCUCCCCAGAGCAGCAGGCCUCGGGCUGCCGCCCCUGCCUCCAGUCACGGUACUACCCAGCCGGGGGCCCUCCCCUGCCCCCAGCCCUGCCACUGUGGCCCCGCAAGGGAAUGGGCUCAAAGCUUUGUCACUUGCCACACGGUGUCUCCCAGCAUGGGAGGGAUCAGCCCUGCCUGUCACAAUAAAGUUUAUUAUGAAAACA